AUUGAGGCAGAAGUGAACAGAAGAAGACAGUUAAUUCAGCAGUCAGUGAAACGCAAAGCCAUCAUCUCAGAGUGCUACAAGAGAAAACACCCAGAAGUGUACACUCUGCAGGAUUCAUUCCUGGCCCCUGAUUUUUUGGAAAUCGUGAGAUACUGCACGUCUCCGGAUGCUCAUCUCCAUGGCCUCCUGCGCUACCUCGAGUCCUUCUCAGAUAAGAGGAUCUAUCGACUCCCAGUGUUCACAGAGGAGUUCUGCCAGGCCUUUGUGGAUGAGCUGGAGAACUUUGAGCAGUCGGAUAUGCCUAAAGGCAGGCCCAACACUAUGAAUAACUAUGGGGUUUUGCUAAACGAGCUUGGGAUGGAUGAAACCUUCAUCACGCCCCUGCGGGAAAAAUACCUGCGGCCCAUAACAGCACUGCUCUAUCCUGACGUGGGGGGGGCCUGCCUGGACAGCCAUAAGGCAUUUGUUGUCAAGUACUCUCUGCACGAAGAUCUGGAUCUGAGCUCUCACUAUGACAAUGCAGAAGUCACCUUAAACGUUUCACUGGGAAAAGACUUCACAGAAGGCAACUUGUACUUUGGGGAUUUCAGCCAGGAUCCUACCCCUGUGCCAAAGUACAUAGAGAUCGAACACGUGGGAGCCCAGGGGCUGUUACACCGAGGAGGGCAGAUCCACGGGGCGCUUCCCAUCGCCUCUGGGGAACGCUGGAACCUCAUUGUUUGGAUGAGAUCAUCUGCCAUCCGCAACCAGCUCUGCCCCAUGUGCAACAAGAAACCUGAGCUGGUGGAAGCAGAGGGGUUUGGAGAUGGCUUCACAGAGACCCUGAAAGACGAUGUGCCCGGAACUGUGAAUCUCUGUUCCUUGUGGUAGCAGGGGCAGAGCCUGAAUUCUCCAGACCAAGUUGGAUAAAGCUCCUUUCUGACCUCUCGGA